AUGGGCCGCCUUGACAUCUUGCCCGCGCACGUCGACCCCUCCAUCUUCGACGCGAACGAUGUGUUCCUGGGCACCGGCGGUGUCUUGUACACAAUCUGCUACGCCCUGAUGGCACGCCAGUCCAUUCGCGACCGCACAUACGCCAUGCCCCUCUUCUCGCUCGCAUUCAACUUUGCGUGGGAGAUUGUAUUCGCGAUAUACGUUGCCGAUGAGCUCCGGGAGAAGGCCCUCUUCGCCAUAUGGGGACUCUUAGACAUGGGCAUUGUUUAUGCGGCUGUCACGUAUGGCGCGAAUGAAUGGGGACAUGCGCCAGCAGUUGGCAGGAAUAUCGGCAAGAUCUUUGCUGGCAUGUUGGUAUGGUGGUGCAUCGCGUUGUACGCUGUGAGCUCUUGGUGGCUUGAUGUCGAUCACCCCGUCAACCCAAAAAUUGGAAAAGCGUACCGCGGCAACCUGGGCAUCGACAAGGACGAGCUCGGUUUCUGGACUGCUUUGGUCGCACAGGUCGUGCUGAGCGUCAUGUCAUUGGCACAGCUUGUGGUUAGAGGAAGCAGUCGCGGCUCUUCGUAUAGCAUUUGGGCGUGCCGUUUCAUCGGCAGUGUGUCGGGAUUGACGGUGAAUUACGGAUAUGUCUGGUGGGUAUGGCCAGAGGCACACGGCUACUAUGUCAAUCCGAUAUCAGUGGUGAUGAUGGUGACAUGGAUACUGGCUGAUCUGGGAUACUUGGUGGUGUUUCGCAACGUGCAGCGGACGGGCGGGGCUGUCGACGGCAAAACCAAGUGA